AUGAAAGACCCCCGCGCAUCCAAGCGGAGAAGAGUCUCCCCAGAACUCACUCACGAUGACGAUGGUGACGUUGCCAUGGAAAGCGACGGCGAUGCCUACUCAGCCCCAUCAUCCUCCGAGCCGGACGCGGACUCCGACGAAGACCAGGAAUACCGUGGCCCCCGAGGAAAGGCUUCACGGCGCCAAUCCACCCGCGGGAGGGCGACUUACGUUCCCGAUGACUUGGAAGAUGACGAGACGGACCCAGUGCAAGCUGCAGAGACCCCUUCAAGAAGCACACGGGCCAGCGGACGGCAACGGAAAGCGCCUCUGAGAUAUGAGGAAGAUGCGCCAACACCCUCUUCCACACGGAGGACGGCCGCCACGCCUCGGAGUACCCGUGCGACAAAGAGUGCCCAAAAGCAGAGACCAGGUGAAGACGACGACUUUGAGAUGGAUGUUGACGAGUUGUCUCCAAGGCCGACUACUUCGGUGUCAAGGACAAGGUCUAGAAGAAGUACUGCUAGAACCAGGGCAAAUGGCGCAAGGAAUGGAGAAACUGCAGAGGGUCCCGACAAAGACCUGUCUCCCUCACCAGAUGCGUAUGCCGAUGGUCUCGACGACCUCGUCGCCAUGCAACUACAACAAGAUCUGCAGAGUAAUGAGGAAUUACAGGUGACUGAAGUCGUUGAGCCUCUCCCUGAAUACGUGCAAAAGCUACAAUGUCUCUGCCAGGAGGGCUUACAAGACGAAGUUCAAUUCCUGACGACCUUUCUUCUCGAAAAAUUGUCUGGGAAACGGCAAAUCCCGCUGAAGGGACUGGAAAGUGAAUAUAAUAAGGUCAAUCACUUGAUCGAGCAGACCGUGGCCGUGGGUGAAGGUAACUCAAUGCUUCUCCUUGGGUCACGAGGAUCGGGAAAGACGGCCGUUGUAGAAACGAUCAUCUCGUCUCUAGCAAGAGAGCACCAAAAUGAUUUCCACGUUGUUCGUCUGAACGGUUUCCUCCACACGGACGACCGCCUCGCUCUUCGUGAGAUGUGGCGCCAGCUGGGUCGUGAGACCAACACCGAGGAUGACGCUGCAAAAGUCAGCUCCUAUGCUGAUACAAUGGCCACUCUUCUGGCUAUGCUUUCCCACCCGGAAGAACUCUUUGGAGCCUCGGGCAAGGGUGACAAUGUCACGGCAGCAAAGUCCAUCAUCAUUCUCCUUGACGAGUUUGAUCUCUUUGUCACUCAUCCGAGGCAGACACUGCUGUAUAACUUGUUCGACAUUGCUCAGGCACGAAAAGCACCUAUUGCGGUCCUCGGUCUUACCACCAAGGUCGAUGUAACUGAAAUGCUAGAGAAGCGGGUCAAGAGCCGUUUCAGUCAUCGAUAUGUCUAUAUUCCGCUCCCAAGAACCUUCGAGAUUUUCUCGGAGGUCUGCAAAGCGGGUCUAGACCUCGAUGAUAACGAAAUCCAACACCUUUCAGAUACGCUCGGGCCUGAGAAAGCUCUUUUGGAAACCGCUGGUUGGAAAACACUCCUCGAUGGGUGGAAAGGAUAUCUCACAGAUCUAUGGAAUGACAAAGACUUCCAGUUCCAUCUCAAGAGCAUCUACAGUCAGACGAAAUCAGUCAAAGAAUUCUUAACCAGUGCUCUCCUCCCCAUCAGCGAGCUUCACCUAAGCACUCAAGCUGCCGACAAGCCCGUCUUCCAAAUCCCCGUUCCAAAGAGCUUCGCGUCUCAAUCUCUGUCAUGUCCGGACCCAGCUCCCCUUCCCUUCUCACCUUCUAUCACCGCUUCAUCAAGCCCAUCCUCUCUCCCACUAGCCCUGCUGCUCGCUGCCACCCGCCUCGCCGCCCUCUUCGACCCCGGCAACGACGGUGGUCAGGCCCAGAGCGUCUCUCCGCUUGCCCUUUCUUUCCCAGCCGCGUAUGCAGAAUACGUGCGACUUCUCACAUCUGCCAAAACGUCCGCUUCGGUCUCCGGUGCCGCCGCCACACCUGGCCGUGUCUGGGGCCGCGAUGUAGCGCGAGAGUCGUGGGAGAAACUAGUUUCGUGGGGUCUUGUCACGCCUGUUGGCAGCGGCAAUGGCACUGCCGACGGGCAAAUGUUCCGGGUGGAGAUCAGCUUCGAGGAGGUUGUUGAGAUGGCUGGCACAGGCAGUUCCCUUGGACAGUGGUGGCGGGAGUAA